UUAUUUUAAAUCAUUUUAAAUGUAGAAAAUUAGAUAAUUUUAAUAGUAUUGUGAUAUAAUUUUUAUAAUUUCAUUAUGGGUAAUUAAUAUGUUACGAUGUCUUUCUUAUCUAAGGUGUGCCAUAUAGUAAAUAUUACAAGAUUAUUGAGAUCUUACUCAGCUCCUAAAAGGGAUCCAGGGAUAAAUUUACGCAAAAAAGCCCUUAAUUUAGACGCAGAAAUAGAUGAAAUUGAAUUCGAUGACUUGGAAACGGACUUUAUGAACGUACACAAGACACAUCGGGAACAUGUAUCGGAAAUUGAAGCUGGUCUUGAGAAAGAAAAGUUCCACAUUGUUAGACAGAAAUAUUUUAAAGAAAAGCAGUUAAAUUUUUUAACUUGGUACGAUAAGGACCAAAUUAAAUAUUUACACAGUACUGACCCUGAGGAGUGGACAAUUGAAAAGUUAUCCGAGAGUUUUCCAGCAUUGCCGGAAGUUAUUAAGAAAAUUGUGAAAUCCAAGUGGACAUUAAAUGCAACUAGAGUAUCAAAUCACGAUAGGACUGUACAAAAAAAUUGGGAGAACUUCAAAAGUGGCCAAAUAAAAGAUUUGCCCGAGGAGCUAGUAAAUCAUUUAAAUAAAUUUACAAAUCGAGCAUUACAUUUCAAACCGUUUGAAGCUCCUCAGACUAAAAAUGUUGUUAACGUAAAUACGAAACGAGUAGGUACAGAGUUUUCUGAUAUAAUAACCAGUUAUAACAAACUAAAAGCUAAGAAGCACCACAAUUCGGAUGAAGAGUUAACAGUAAACAUAAACACUGAGAUCUUAAAAAGUGUGAGCGAUAGCAAUAACGGUAUAAAUCAGAGAAUAAAAAAGAGACAUCUUACUUUGCACGAGUUGCAGAAUAAGCUUGAAAAUAGAUUAAAUUUGGGUAAAGACUUACCAGAAGAUGAAAAACUGAUGUUGAAGAAUUUAAAACAAUCUUCGGAGGUUAAUCCGAUGGAACAAAAUCAAAACAAUUUUGAAGAUGUUAUGAUUAAUAAAUUUGAAACUAGUAAAAGUACGACUUUAAUGAAGAAAAAGCAACAAGAUUACAACCACUUAAUUUAUCCAGAGAAAAUUUCAAUACCAAAAAAUUUACGAAAGAAAGGUUACACUUACAAGUUGAACGAUUGUUAUUAUGACGAUGACGGUCUGUUUUUAUACAGGGUGCCAGGAAUGUAUUAAAACAUAAUAAUUAUGUAUAUUUGAUUUUAUUUAUUAAAAACAAUUUAAAAAUGACUAGCAUAAGCGUUAUUUUUAUAAAAAAUUAACCUUAUAUCGAUAAAGAUAACAAAUACUGUACCCAUUUUAGGUAAUACAGAAAGUAAAGCGUUAUAGUCACAUUCUGCACGAUAAGAGAAUUCUGCAAGUGAAAACUAAGAGUACUGGAUUAAAAUUAGUGUUUUGACUUAAUUUAUAUUAUAUACAAAUAUUGUAUAAGCGUGUGGCUCGUAGUUUUUUUAAAAGUAAUUCUAGGUUAACAAAAAGAACUUUCGUGGUGAAAAAAUUUGAAAUCAAAUUUGUGAAAAAGGGAAUUAAAAUAGGAAGUGUUCAGAAUCUCGAAAAAGGUUGCACGUAUAUCUGGAAAAUAUGUGUAUAUAUUUUUUUCAUAACCAAUUAAUAAAUACAAUUAUUCGUUUUAUUUUUCACAAAAUUUUCAUUUUUCCUAAAUUACAGUAUGAAUUUUAAAAAAUUCAAGACCUCGGAAUGGGAACCCCCUAAGUUUAAUUUAUUUCGCAAAUUUCGUAGAAAACUUUUUCAUCGAAAACGCCCAUGUUUAUAAAAAUUGAAUAAUUUCAAGUUUUUAUCAGUUGUCGCUGUAUAACUAACUGAUUAUUAUACACACUUUUUCCUACAAAACUUCAAAUAAAUUUACCAAACAAAAUAGUUAAUCUAAAUAAUAAAUUUGCAGAAAUGUGUUAUUAAUUCAUUUUUC